AACAGAUAAUAGAGCUAUUUGUUAAAUCCAGAGGACGCAUGAAAAAUAGGGACUAAUCAUAUAUAACGUUUAGCUCUAAGGAUUUAUUAAACUUAAUAAAUAAGGAAUAAUGGCAAAAAAUCAGGGAUUAAAAAGAAUAAAAACAAGGUGUCACGGGCGUUUAAAUUAAGAGCUGGAUUAAAAAAAAUCAAUCAAUAUAUUCGAUAGAAACCUGGAUAUAGCGGUGAAAUGUAACAUACUUCAAAUUUUACCAUAUCUGCAUCAUUAUAUUUUGAAAUUCAUUUUAAAUUUCUGUGGAAUGAUAUAUUUGCAACCUUUGUGGAUCACAUCAAUGCUAUAAAAACCCAGAAAUAAUGGGUUGUGCAAACUCUUUACAAUAUAAGAAAUAUCCAUCGAAACACAUCAGUCCAAACAAAGAUCCCAUAAAAUCACGGAUAAUAUUUACAUUGAAAUGUCCGAGAGUUUUACCUCCAUUAGAAAUAAAAACGGUUCAGCAAACUUGGCCUUCGUUGGCGAAAGACUUACACGGUAACGGACUUCAGAUUUUUCUGAGAAUAUUUGAAAUAUGUCCGGAAAUCAAGUUCCUGUUCCAUGUUGAAAACGUUCGACAUUCACAACUUGCAAGAAAUGACACCAUCAAGGCGCAUGGUAAACGUUUUAUUAAUGCCAUUGGUUUUGCAGUGGAAAAUUUAGAGGAUAUCGAACAAGAAGACAACAAAUUGUGUAAAUUUCUGUUUAACCUUGGAAAGCAGCACCAGAAUUUUCAGGCAUUUAAACCGGAAUAUUUUGAAAUAUUUUAUGAAGCGUUAAUGUGUCAAUGGGAACGCUGUAUGGGUGAUCGGUUCACGACGGAAGUGGCAAAUGCAUGGAGUCAUUUGUUUGUGUUCUUAAUGGAAAAGUUAAAAGAGGGAUAUUCUUCACACGAAGUGUCAUUUUGA